UUGAAAAACUAAGUCUGAAAUCCAUGAUUACCAAAAAUUCUCUAUAAUUUUGGACCAAUUCUGUGGAAUUUCUCGAGAAUUUCCAAGAAAUCAUUCACAAAAGCUUGUCCUCGAGAAAUUUCGCGGAAAUUCUUCAAAGCAAGUCACGUCACCAAAACAGGAAAACUCGGGAAAAUUCCUCACUUUUGUUACCUGGGGUGGUAGCAGCAAUAAUUUGAGUCUAUAUAAAAUUUAAGAAUGCUCGAGAAUUAUGAGGAAAAUCCGGGAACAAGAAAACAAAAUCCAAGAACCAGUCUCCUUCCUCAAAUUGGCUCCAAAGGUUAAACCUCCUUUGAUGGAGAGAAAAAACUUAGCUCGUUCUUCUCAUUCAAAAGUUCCCAACUCAGUGAGCAUGAAACUGUUAAUUAAACCAGAAAAUGAUAUUAUCAGGGAGGCUUCGGAGAAUGAAGUGGAUGAUAUUAUAAACUUCAUAAACAACUAUUUUCUACCAAAUGAACCAAUAAAUAAGUCUAUACAGCUAAGCAUGGACGGUUACAGGAUGCCAUAUUUUGAUCGUUGGUUGAGAGUCAGAUUAGAAGGUCCUAGAAAUGUUACUCUUGUAGCUGUAGAUGGAGAUAACCAGUUGAUGGGAGUCCUUGUAGCUACAAUACUCAGCAGAGGUGAGCAUGUUACUGAUCCGGAGGAGCUCACAGCCAAUAGAUCGGAUAGAUGUUCGGAAAAGUUUAAGAAAGUUCUAGAUUUUUUAGAAUGGUUUGAAUCUGCAGCUAUGAAACAGAUAGAUGAACCUGAAGAGAGAGUAGACUGUGCAAUUCUAUCCUGCAGAGAUGACCGGCGUAUUCCUGGUCUAGGAACUGCUUUACUAAACAAGAUGCAGGAGUUGGCUCGAGCUAAAGGAAUAAAAUAUCAGACAGUUCUUACAACAAGUUUUUAUUCGGCUAGAAUAUGCCAGAAACUUGGGUUCGAGGAAGUUUUUUCUUUUCCCUACACAGAUUACAAGGUUGAUGGUAAAGUCGUCUUUGAUACAGAAGAACCACACACUCACAGCAAGUUCUGGUUACUCAAGGAAUAAUAAAAUAAAAUAAAUAAAAUUGAAAUUUAUCAAUUUAUAUUGAUUUCUAAACUAGAUGAAAAAGUUAUAAAAAAAUGUUAUAGUAAUUAUCUAAAAAACGUGUAAUGGGGCUUAAGGAUGACAAAAGACAAACUAAAUUAAUUUUGUCACUGUCUCAUUCUUGCUAAUAGAAGGGGAAAAACAUUUAAAAAAUUAGUUUGUAAAAAUUUCUGUAAAACUAUUAAAAAACUUUUUCUUAUUAGUAAAAUUCAAAAUAAGGUUAAUCGCCAAGGUCCGUGUCAUAGAUUAAUAAAAAUACAGAUAGAACACUGAUGUUUUCUUUUCAAGAGUUAGGGGUUUUUGUUCACAAUAAUCCUAAGGCAGCCAUGCGCUUACAACUUCUUUAAGCUUCUGCCUCAUGGUUGUUGUGAUCGAAAAACCCCUAAAUCUUGAAAAAAUGACAUCUAGUAGUCUAUCUUUAUUUGUUAUUUAUCUAAGGUCCGCAAUUUUUGAAGACAUUUUUCUAUUAACAACUAAUACGGGUCACUUAUAUAAUGAGACAUACGGGUCACUUAUAUAAUGUCAGUUUUGAGAUUUAUUUAAAAAGUACCUUUUACACACUACAACGACUUAAAAGACUUUUUUGAUAAAAAUGUAUUCAUUUUCCAACUAAUUGAUUUUUUCAGCUUAAGUCUUGAAUACUGGCGACAUCUUUGAAUGUUUAAUUAUGUUUUAUUGUGAACAGAACUAGCACAAAAUAGAAAAUGUAAAAAUUACAUUAGUUUUAAAGAAGCUGUUCAGACAUGUUAUUUAACAGCACACAAAUCUUAUAUUUGAAAAUAAUUAAAACCUAAUUUUUUUAUUUAGCCAGCUGACAAGUAAAAAUACAAUUUUUCAUCAUUUAAUUUUAAGCAAAAGUAUAUUUAAAAUGAAAAACACAUUUGUAAAGAAAGAGCUUCAUGCCGUAAAAAAAUAAAGUUAAACCAAUGGUUGUAAACAAGGUUGUAACUCUGAAUGUGCAUAUUUAGUCAAACUUAAAAAAAUUAAAAAAGGUUGUAUUAGCACGUGAUUUCAUAUUGUAUAUCAAAUUGUAGCCACGAAGUAGCAUUAUUAUAAUGAUGCUGUAGGAAAAUUUAAAUUAUUGUCUUAUACAUAUUUUAGCACUAAAUGUGUGUUCUAACUAAUUUCCAAACCAUUUUAGCAAUUGCAAUAUAUAUGUAUAUAAACUUGUAGAAAUGUAAAUAUUUGAAUAUUAUAAUCUUGAUAUUUGAAUUUCUUCAAAUAUGUGCAAGAUUGCAAAUACAAAAUAUCAAUCUAAAUAUUUCCGAGUCAUCUAUUAAUUAGCAAAGAACUUUACAUAUUUGCACAUAUUUUACCAAUACAGACUCUCUUGGUUGUCAACUAUAGUUACCAAAUUGAGUCUUUGUCACAAAUUCUGAUUUUCUAAUUUAUAUUUCUUAACAACCGGCCCAAUUUCAUUAUAGAUCUUUAAUAUGUCAAACUAUAAAUUCUGUUGGUUAAAAGAUCCAAGUUUGAUAUUUAAAGGUUUACGCCAUUCACGGGCGUCUCGCAGCCGUAGUACAUUUGAAUUUCCUAGCCGGGUCAACCUUUCCGG